AUGUUGUAUUCUGUAAGAAUACUUAUUGUUACAUGGUUCAUGCAAGUACAGUUUGUGAUGUCGUUGGACACCACUACAAAGCAGGAAGUUAAUGAAUGUCAAUUAUCACCAAAGUUAUUACAAGAAAUUGAAUCAUAUGGUCCACUGAUACAAACUAUAAUAAAUGAAACAUUGGCAGGUUCUUUUGCAGGAGUCACAUGGCGUGAAUUAGCCAAAUUUGUAGAUAAAUUUGGCCCAAGGUUCACAGGCACAGAAACACUUGAACAAUCAAUUGAUUAUGUUUUAAAUAAGUCAAUAGAAUUUGGUUUGGAAAAUGUACAUGGAGAACCUGUGACUGUGCCUCAUUGGAUUAGAGGAGAAGAAUCUGCAACCCUUUUGCAACCAAGACGGAAGAAUAUAGCUAUUCUAGGAUUAGGUUACAGCGUUGGUACUCCACCUGAUGGAAUAACUGCAGAAGCUAUUGUUGUAAAUAGUUUUAAAGAACUCGAACUAAGGAAAGACGAAGUACCAGGAAAAAUUGUUGUAUACAAUCAGAAAUAUAUUUCGUAUGGUGUAACUGUGGAAUACAGAAGUAGUGGAGCAUCGAAAGCAGCUAAAUAUGGUGCAAUUGCUGCAUUAGUUAGAUCAGUUACACCAUACUCAUUAUAUACACCACAUACAGGUAUGCAGAGUUAUACAGAAAAUGUGAAGAAAAUUCCAGUUGCAUGUAUUACAGCUGAAGAUGCAAGUUUGUUACGAAGAUUAUGGAAACGGGGUGAAACUAUAAAAAUUAAUUUAAAAAUGCAGGCUAAAAAUUUACAAGAAAAGACAUCACGAAAUGUCAUAGCUGAAAUACGUGGUGUUACAAUGCCAGAAAAAGUGGUUGUUGUGUCUGGUCAUAUAGACAGUUGGGAUGUGGGUCAAGGAGCUAUGGAUGAUGGAGGUGGAGCAUUUAUUUCCUGGCAAGCUUUGAAGUUGUUAAAACAUUUCAAUAUUCAACCUCGUCGUACAAUAAGAAUGGUUAUGUGGACAGCUGAAGAGCUUGGUAUUAUAGGAGCUCGUCAAUACAUUGAAUCUCAUAAAGCUGAAAAUUAUAAUCUUCAAUUUGUCAUGGAAUCAGACAUGGGUACAUUUAUGCCAUUGGGUCUUGAAUUUACUGGUACAGAGGAAGUAAAAUGCAUACUAGAAAAGAUUAUGAGUUUAUUACAUUCCUUGGGCAAUAUGAAACUACGUAGUCCUCAGCAAGGUCCCGAUAUUGUUUACUGGGUGGAUGCAGGUAUACCUGGAGCAUCACUUUGGACACAGAACGAAAAAUAUUUCUAUUAUCAUCACACAAAUGCAGAUACAAUGUUGGUUGAGAAUCCAGAAGCUCUUGAUCGAGGAACAGCCUUGUUCGCAAUAGUGUCAUAUUUGCUUGCUGAUCUUAGCAUUGAUCUUCCAAGACAUAAGUAACUGAAAUAUUUAAUUAUUAUAUAGUAUAGUUAAAAUUAAUGAUAGUUACCUAAAGAAAAAAUAAACAGUGACAUUAUUGUACUCUUCUUUACAUUAAAAAUAAAGUCAAUGAAAAUUUUAA